CCGGAUGCGGCCACUGCCGCCAUUGUGCGGCGCUGGUACCCCAAGAGGGUUCUCUCUGUGGCGAGUGUCUUGGGCUUUCGCCCUCGCUUCUCGCUCUCUUGUCCGGGGAGCCCGGCGGGUCCGGGACUCCCGUCCGUGCCGGUGCGGGCGCCGGCAUGUGGCUGUGGGAGGAACAGGGGGGCCUCCUGGGCCCCUUCUCCUUCCUGCUGCUGCUGCUGCUGCUGGUAACGCGUAGUCCGUUCAAUGCCUGCCUCUUCACCGGCAGCCUCUACCUCUUGCUGCGCCUCUUCAGCUUUGAGCCUGUACCCUCCCGCAGGGCCUUGCAGGUGCUCAAGCCCCGGGACCGCGUUUCCGCUAUCGCCCACCGCGGCGGCAGCCACGACGCGCCCGAGAACACGCUGGCGGCCAUUCGGCAGGCAGCUAAGAAUGGAGCAACAGGUGUGGAGUUGGACAUUGAGUUUACUUCUGACGGGAUUCCUGUCUUAAUGCACGAUAACACAGUCGAUAGGACAACUGAUGGCACUGGUCGAUUGUGUGAUUUGACAUUUGAACAAAUUAGGAAGCUUAAUCCUGCAGCAAAUCACAGGUUAAGGAAUGAUUUCCCUGAUGAAAAGAUCCCUACCCUGAGAGAAGCCGUUGCAGAGUGCCUAAACUAUAACCUCACAAUCUUCUUUGAUGUCAAGGGCCAUGCAAAUAUGGCUACUGAUGCUCUAAAGAAAAUAUAUAAGGAGUUUCCUCAACUAUACAAUAAUAGCAUCGUCUGCUCUUUCUUGCCAGAAGUUAUCUAUAAGAUGAGACAAACAGAUCAGAAUGUAGUAACGGCAUUAACUCAUAGACCUUGGAGCCUUAGCCAUACAGGAGAUGGGAAACCACGCUAUGAUGUUUUCUGGAAACAGUCCAUGUUUGCGGUAAUGGACAUUUUGCUCGAUUGGAGUAUGCAUAAUAUCCUGUGGUACUUGUGUGGAAUUUCAGCUUUCCUCAUACAAAAGGAUUUUGUAUCCCCGGACUACUUGAAGAAGUGGUCAGCCAAAGGCAUUCAGGUUGUUGCUUGGACUGUUAAUACCUUUGAUGAAAAAAGUUACUACGAAUCCCAUCUUGGUUCCAGCUAUAUCACUGACAGCAUGUUGGAAGACUGUGCAUCUCAGUUCUAGAAUUUUCCCCCAGGGAGGAAACGUGGGUACAGAAGCUGCCUGCUGGCCUCAUGCAGGGAUAUCAAAAUACCUUUGUGCUAGCCCAAGCCCUGGGGAAUCAGGUGGCUCACACAAGCGAUAGUCGGUAUUUGCAUUUUUACCUGAACCAGAGCAAAACCUGAUUUUGCUUUGCUUGCUCCAUGGAAUGCCUGAGUUCAACAGUGUUGCUCUUGAAAAUCUGGGUCUGCAAAAAGGCACAACAGCUCCUGCCCCAACCUAGCUGAGGCAUACACCGAGACCCAGUGAGGAUAAGCACAGAUCGAGUUGCGCAGUUUGGGGAUGCAGAUGCAAAUGCAUGGGAAAUGCAUGAUCACUCAAAGUUGACAUUUUAAAACUUGACACACUUAUGUAAUUUACUUAUUUAAAAUAUUUGUAUUCAGCUACAUUAUCAAUGUACUAUAGACAUCAAACUUGUGACCAUACUAAUAAAAUCAUUAAAAGGAGCACUACGGGAAAGCUGUACCAAGCAUCAUGCCCUGAGACAUAAGGAAUUUAGGGAAGCUGCUCUCUGCAAUCCAGGGACCAGAGGCAACAGCCCCUGCU